AUGGCAGAAAUAAAGUUAAAAAAAUUCCUUUUAAAUAGAGUUACUAUCUCAACAAGCGUAAUUGAUUAUUUGGAAACAUGUUUAUCAACAGAUGAUGAUGUUUGUAAAUACAGUUUUCAUAAAAUAAUGCUACAUAAUUGGACCGAUGAUGAGGUGAAUCUGUAUGAAGCUUUAAGUGGUUUCUUUUCUGUUACAUUCAUCCCUGUUAACUUUGUAACACAGAAUGGAAUCACAACAUUUUACACUAGCAGUUUAAGUUUUGUAUUAAAAAUUAUAAAGGUGGACUUCCUAUUUCCAUAUGUGAGAAACAUGUGUAGUAUAGAUAUACUUUUAAAUGACAAAUCUUCAAUGGAAUUGUUUGACUACCAAGUAUCUCUAGAAGAUAUAGUAAGAAAUGUUGUUAAUUCAAGAUUUGGGAUUAAUUUUGAGCUUAAUUUAUCUAACUUCUGUAAUGAUAAAGAGUUUGUGGAUAAGAAAAUUGAUUUUUAUAAACUUUCAUUGCUGUCACAAUUCAAGAUACUAAUGCUAAGAAUAGGAAAGGAAACAAAAUAUUUAAAUUUGAGUCACAAUAAUUUAAGUCAGGUGCCCCUAGAAAUCCUUAACUUUUUCAUUAAAGGAGACCUUGUUGGUGUUGAUUUAAGUUAUAACCAAAUACCUUCGCUGGAAGAACUACAAAGAGUAAGCAGUAAAAUUGAAAAACUAUGGGUGGAAGGAAACCCCCUGUGUACGGAAUUAGAUGCAUCAAGCUAUAUUAGGAAGAUAUCUAUAAAAUUCCCUAGGUUAACUGAAUUGGAUGGCAUUAAAAUUAACAAUCAUGGAAUAAUGAUGCCAUUCUUCAAAACAUUCAUCAGAACUAUAAAACUGAAAACAAAUAUGGUGGUCGAAAAAUUCGUUUGUCUCUACUUUUCACACUAUGACUCUAAUUUGCGGUCAAAUCUUGCUAAUUUCUACGACGAAGCUGCUCUAUUUACAAUUAAUUGCCAUUUUCCAGGAUCAGAUAUAGUCCACAGUAAAGGAACAUAUAUUGAAGGGCGGGAAAAUAUUGUGUCAAUGCUCAUUUCGUUACCCCCCACAGUCCACGAUCGGAGUACGUUUACCGUCGAUGUACUCGGUCAUAGUAGAAAAAAUCUGAAUCUGGUAAUAGAAGGGGUAUACAAGGAGAAGCUUGAUGAUUAUGAAAGAAUUAUGUUUUUCCGAAGAACAUUUAUGAUUAACAUUCAUACAGAGGGUACCACAGCAACACAUUUUAUUCAUAGAGAAAUCUUUACUUAUACAUUUGCAACUAAGGAGAUGGCCGACAACAGUUUCAAGACACCGGUAAGAAACGAAAAUCAGCUGACUCUCAUCGACCCGGAACCAGAGGAGCGCGAAGUGGUGUGUCGAGUGUUCACCCACUACACGCAAUUAAAGAGAGAUGAGGUCGAGAGGCGUCUAAAACAACAUGAUUGGGAUAUACACGCCGCUUUGAAAGAGUUCUGUGACGAUUAUAGAUUAGCUAGUAUACCUCCAGACAAGUUUAGAGGAGAAGACGACCUGUCCGACGUAUCGAUGGAUUCUGAUGCAGAAUCAUAA